UUCAGUAUUCGAGUGGCGAGAGCUAUUGGAAUUUUCAGUUACGAGUUCUUUUUUUGUUGUUCUGUUUACAGUGCUAAUCUAACUGGAAAACUUCUUGUUAGUUUAACGCAAAAUUAAGUGCAUUGGUUACCUAUAUUGCUAUCUUGGACUUCUUCAUGAUACCCAAAACAACAUUGAAUGGGAUCAUGGUCGAUGCCUGACACUUGAAGAAUGAGCUGUAUAGAGCUGCCUAGGCCGAGCAACCUGCUCGCUGUCAACCCCCUAUGUGGCAAGCCAAAAGAGGGCGACAUCUCAUACCAAUUGCUACUUGGCACCUCGGCAUCAUCGGUCGACUCUGAUGCUUUUUCUACCUAUAUGUCACAGAAAGGGUCCAGUGAACCCCAAGAGGUGACAUUGAACUUUUACACUGAAGAUGGUAAACAACAAAAGUUGGUGGUUGAAGAGAACCUCCGAGUGCUGGAUUUAUGCCAGUUACUUGCUCUCAAAUUCAAUGUGGCCCGUUCUCACACAUGGACUCUGGCUGAACAGCUGACUUCCCUUGGAAUAGAGAGGAGUUUGGAGGACCAUGAAGACAUUUUACAAGUGUAUGCCUCAUGGGGAAGCCAGAGGGAAUCUGAAUCUGAAAAUAAAUUCAUCUUCAAGCAGGAUUUUUGUAAAUAUGAGUUCUUCCGCACACCACAGCAAUUUUUUCCUCUGUCCAUGCUUGAUCUGGGAUCUGUCCCCAUGGACUGCUUAUCUGAAUCUCCAGAUUUAGCCAAAUUUGUCACGCUCCAGAAUAUUUUGAGCAGUGGUGAAAAAUCUCCUGUUGUCCAAAGCCUUCUAUGGUGUAAAGAGCCAGGCAAAGACACAUGGAAAAGGUUAUUUUUUCGAAUUGAAGGUACUACACUAUGUGUGUCUUCAGCAACUUUUCCUAGCAAGGAUGGAAAGCAGCAAUUUUGGCCUUUCCGUGACCUCAUGGAAUAUGAAAUCUACACACCUGUUGAAACUGCUGGAAAUACAAAUCCCACCUCGUAUACUUUCUGCUUAAAAAAUUCAAUUUGUCCUGAAGAAUCCCCCAAGAACUUACUUUGGUUUUGUUGUGAAAGUGAUAAGCACCGGCAAUGUUGGAUUGUUGCACUGAGACUUGCUAAAUAUGGCAGAAAAAUCCGAGAGAAUUAUAAAGAAGUCCAGUCUCGACAUAUGGACAGUCCUUUAGGAUCUGCUGAUAGUAGAAUGUCUACCUCUGUAGAUUCUUUACUAUCAGACUACACUCCGAUGAAACCACGUGUAGCAAUGGACUUUACAGGCUCACAGAGUCGAAUUGUAGAAGAUCCUAAAGAAGCCAAGGCAAUAGCUGCAGCAGAAGGUCAUACUUGGAAGCGGCGACUGCCUUGUUGUCGAGCACCAGGGGGUAGCUCUCAGCAAAAUGUUAGCUCUAGUCCCACUGCUAGACCAGCAAUGGAGUUUGGAGUUCAUGCCAUACAACCUUGGUUUUACAGCGGGAUGUCACGAGAUGAAGCUACUCAUCUGCUAACCAAAUAUGGAACUGUUGAUGGUGUUUUCCUUGUGAGAGAAAGUAGGAGAAACCCUGGAAGUUUCGUCUUAUCAUAUGUGUAUAAAAAUAAAAUUCAUCAUUGCCAAAUUUUUCCUGUUGAUGAAAAAGAUCAGUUGUGUUAUUCAUUGGACAAUGGUCGUACCAAGUUUUACGAUUUGCUUCAGCUUGUAGAAUUCUAUCAACUGAAUCUUGGCUCCUUACCCACCAAACUCACUCACUUCCUAGUGCACAGGCCUCGGUCAAAUGGUCAGGUCGAGUGACCUAACUAAAGAGACUGCUGAUUUGUGACAACAUUCCUAGUGACCUGUGAUCACCCUCACAAUUAGUGUGCCAACCCAGCUACUCGCCUUUCUGAACAGGACAUAUCCAGGGCAUAGUAAACAUUAAAGAAGAAAGAAGAGGGGGGGGGGAUAGAAUUGAAACUGUGCAGACUGUUACAGGGUUUAUUUUUAAAUUCUGCUCAAUCGACUGCUAAAUUGAGCUGUUUAAAAUUUCUGACAGGGUGUUCCUACCUGAUUUGAAAAUUCAUUUGUAUUUAUUCAAUUUAAAUUUCAGCUUGAUAAGGAAAAAACAUUUGAAUUGUUGCAGAUUGUCAGAUGGCCCCUGCAUUUGUAAAAUAUAUUGCAUUGUGCGACAUAAAUGUUUCUGUACAUUUGCAUGGUUCUUUUUGUGAUGAUGAAUUGAUGAUUGAUUUUGUGAGUUGAUGAUUGAUGAAAAUUAAUUUAAAAAUUGCCAGUUGAAAUUAGUUUUUUAUGAAAUGAACAUCAGGAAUUGAUUUAAACUUUAAAAAUUAUUGGGUUUUUUUUUUCUAAUGUUAUUAAACAAACAUAACUUUUAUGGUAAAAAACUGAAAUAACUGAACUUUUACAGAGAAUUUUAGUAUUGUAAAUUUUUAUUAGCUUUUUCCUUUCUCAUUUGCCAUAAUGAAAGAAAUAACUAAAAAUAUUUAUCCCUAAAUUAAUAUUUUUUCAGUGGAAAUUCUUAUUUUAACAUUUAUUUCAUAUAUUUACAAAUGUUACAUUGUUUUUUCUGUUCAAUAUUAUAUAUUUUCUUUAUUAGAACCUUUUUACUGUGCUCAGGUUUAUGUCUUGGCAGAAAAUGAAAGUUUAGUGAGUGGAUUGUAAUUUUCCCUUUCUUGUUAAAUUUUCUAUGCAUUUUAGCUUCAUUAAAAUUUCAGUGAAUGGCUUAAAUAAUUGUCAUUUAAAAUUACUGAAAGAGCCUUUGAUUUUUAAUUAAGAAUUCAUUGUGAUGGAGUUAAGCUGUAAAUGAUAAUUACCAGAAUUGAAAGUUUUAUAUUGAAGACGUGUGUCUUCCGCUUCGUUCUUCCAGAAUGCUCCAUUUUGCUUUAAUUCUUACAAUUCUCAAAUGAAAGAAAAGUCUUAAAUUAUAUAUAUAUAUUUGCUAUGCAAAGCUGAUUUAGCUUCAUAUUACAAGAAUGCAAUAGAAAAUUUUGAAAUAUAACCUAGUGUUGUAAAAUCACCUAUUACUCUACCUAUAUAACUCCUAAUCCAGGUAAAGUAAUUUGUAGUUUUUUUUUUGUUUUUUUUUUAAUUUUAAAAGGGAGGGAAGGGAAUACCUUACCUCAGUCAUAAGCAUUUUAAUUAUAUUAUUUUAUUUAUAAAGGCUUUUUGUUACUGAAACUUUUAAAUAUCUAUUUUAUGUCUGUUUUGCAAAAUUGUUCUAAAAUUUACUUUACAAAAACCAUUUGAAAUCAUUAGCUAAAAGUUGUAAUGAAUUUCAUUUUGAAAUGCAACAUAAUUUUUUUUUUUUUUCAUUAUUUUGCUCCUUUUAAAUUCUGAUUCGAUUAAUUAUCUUUAAAUAAAAAUUUUCAGCGGGAGAUAAAACUGAUUUAAUUUCCUAAACAGGAAGAAGUUCCACUGUAAUACAUACUUAUA